GGGCAGUACCACCACCUCCUCUCUCUCUCUCUCUCUCUCUCUCUCUCCUUUUGGUAGGUAGUGCUAAAUUUUGUGUACAUAAACAAUGAAACCCACUUGAUGCUUUAGCUUUGUUGGAUUCAUGAUAUCAACUAUUGAUGGGUGAUAGGAAACAUAAGGGCACAUGCCCCAUCCCUCUCCCUCUCUCUACUUCACCAAUUCCAGCUCGAUAUCUCUUCUGAGGCAAGUAGGGUUUUCCCUAAUCAAGAUUUACGAUGGAGUUUGAAGGCAAAGCUAAUGCGGUAAUUUUGAGCACAACCCCGUCCAAAACCCUAGAUCACAUCAGGAGACACCCUCCCCCAGAUCCGAAACCCGAACCCGACCCAGAUCCAGACCCGGUUUCCGCCUCUCCCCCCACUCCACCGUCUCCGCCGGCUGUUUCCGCCGCCCAGAGGCCGAGUACACGCAGCGAGCUCACGGCAAGGUUGUUACGAAGCAGGUACCGGGAGUGCCAGAGGAACCACGCGGCGGUCACCGGCGGCCUCGUCAUAGACGGCUGCGGCGAAUUCAUGCCAGGCGGUGAGGAGGAUACGCCGGAUGCGCUAAAAUGCGCCGCCUGCGGAUGCCACCGGAGUUUCCACAGGAAAGAGGUGGACGGUCAGGAUUCGCAGACGGCGGCGUACAUGUACGCCCAAAGAACAGCUCCUGCAUUGUACUGCAGUGGCUCGUACAGGGCGAUGCAGACACAUGCGAUGCAUCGGACGGCUGGGAUUGCGCGGAGGUCAUCAUCGAGCGAAGAGAUGAACGAUGAAAAGAGAUCGGGGAAGAAGAGGUUGAGGACGAAGAUAAAUCAAGAACAGAAGGAUAAGAUGAAGGAAUUUGCGGAGAGAUUGGGAUGGAGCCUGCAGAAGAAGGACGAAGAAGAGGUCGAUAAGUUUUGUUCGAUGGUGAAUCUGAGGAGAGAGGUUUUCAAGGUGUGGAUGCAUAAUAACAAGCAAGCCAUGAAGAGGAAGCUCAGUCUACCAAAUUGAAUUAUGUCUUGUUUCUUUUUAUAUAAACAAAAAUAAAUUCUGUCUUGUUUCUUCUUCUUCUUCUUGUUCUUUUUUUUUUGUAUUUUCCCCUAAAUAAUUCCAACUUCUUGGGGUAGGAAACUGUGUGACUUGUUCUAUUAUUGUAAUGGACAAAGAUUGUCUCUAUGUUUCA